UAUUCACUCCUAUGCGAACCAAUUUUAUCAAACUCAUACUAUUGGUUGCAUGAAAUUAGCAGUAAUGGCUACUACUUCUGCAUCUUAUUUCAGUGCUGCCUUUGUUUUCCUUGUUGCUUUGAAUUUCCUCAGCUUUCAGGUCAUUACUGCUUCUGGUCAUGCACCCAACGACAGUGACUACCUAGGGUUUAUGUUGAACUUGGAAUAUUUGGACGGUGAGUUUUACUCAUACGGUGUUUUUGGCAAUGACCUCGAUAGUAUCUCCCCAAACUUGUCCCAAGGGGGCCCGCGUCCUAUUGGUGGUCAGAAGGCCAAUCUCGACCCCCUUGUGACUGAAAUAAUCAAGGAAUUUGCUUAUGAACAAGUUGGUCAUAUCAGAGCAAUCACUCAGGCAACAGGCGGGUUCCCAAGGCCUCUUAUAAACAUCAGCAGAGCCCUUUUCUCACUACUUGUUGACCUAGCAGUGGGUUACCCAUUGCUCCCUCCAUUUGACCCUUACGCAAACACAGUCAAUUAUCUUAUAGCAGCGCAAGCACUGAAUUAUGAUGGUGUAGUGGGUUAUGUUUACAUCAAUGCAAACCUCAACACCGAUGCUGCUAACAGAUUGGGUGCAUCGCUUUUGGGUACGAAGGCUGGACAAAAUGCAGUGGUGCGUGCAUUACUGUAUGAGAGAGCGAAUCAGACGGUGGCUCCGUACAAUCUCACGGUGGCUAAUAUCGUCAGCCGAAUUGCUGAAUUUGGGAACAAGGUGGCCAAGGGUGGCCUCGAAGAAGGCAUCAUAGUACCCAUCACGCUUGGGGCUGAGAAUCGAACGGUCACGAAUGUCCUAUCAGCGGACACGAAUUCGCUGUCCUAUGCAAGGACGCCAGGAGAGAUCUUGAGGAUUCUGUAUGGAACAGGAAAUGAAUGUGUGCCUGGCGGCUUUUUCCCUGCAAGAGCAAAUGGCCAAAUUGCAAGGACCUGCAUUACUAUAUAAGCAAAAGCACAAUAAUCAAAGCUGUGGGUUUAUACCCAAUAAUAAAUAAACGCUGGUUCAUGUAACUGCGUCCAAAUGUAUCCAACUAAAUGCACACACGUAUAUAUGUGUGUAUUUAGAAUUUAAGAGAUGUAUUCGACCAUGAAUCUUAAUAAAAAAAAAAUAUAUAUAAUGAUAUUAAAUUAACAA